UCUAUAUGUGCCCUGUGAUUGGCUGGCCACCAGUCCAGGGUGUAACCCCGCCUCUCACCUGAAGACAGCUGGAAUAGGCUCCAGCACCCUUGUGAGGAUAAGCGGAAACACCAGCAUAGACUAGCUACCAGCAUAAACCAACAUUUGUUGUGUUUACGUUUGGAGAACUAGCAUACCAGCACAAAAACCCAACAUUUUACGGAUCUUUAAAUGCCACCUAGACAUCUGCUAAAUACCCACCAGUCACCUACAAAUAUAAAAGGAUGCGGCUGCAGCCUGGUUGCCAUCCAUCCUCCUCUGCUUCGACUGAAUCCAUAUUUCUGCAAGAAAGGAGGAAGAAGCUGCGGCAUCAAGGAGAUUCACUUGACUGACAGAUUGAUUUCCAGUCCUUCCUCCAGCCGCAUCAUGGAGCCAUCUUGUCAAGGCUGCUCACCUAACACUUCCACUUCCAGCAACACCACCGACGUCAACACUGAAAUGAAUCUCUCCGACAUCCUGGGACCCAAACGCUCUCCCUUCUUCUUCCCAGUCGUCAGCGUUUACCUGCUCAUCUUCCUGGUGGGCUUGAGUGGUAAUCUUCUUACCUGCGCGGUGGUGGCCAAGCACAAGAAGAUGCGCAACCCCACCAACCUCUACCUGGUCAGCCUGGCCAUGUCCGACCUCCUCAUGUUAGCCUUCGGGAUGCCGUUGGAGAUCUACGACCUGUGGGAGAACUACCCGUUCCCGUUCGGUGAAGGCGGUUGCUAUUUCAAGACCUUCAUCUUUGAAACGGUUUGCUUCGCCUCCAUCCUCAAUGUCACGGCUCUGAGCGUGGAAAGGUACAUCGCUGUAGUGCACCCACUCAAGACCCGUUACCUCACCACCAAACGCCACUCCAAGAGGGUCAUCGCCGCAGUGUGGGCCGUGUCCAUGAUGUGCGCUAUCCCCAACACGUCGCUGCAUGGUAUCGUCUACCUGCCGGGUAGGAUGCAGGAGUCGGCCAUAUGCACCGUGAUGAAGCCUCUGUGGAUCUACAACAUGCUGAUGCAGAUCACCACCGUCUGCUUCUUUUUCGUGCCCAUGAUGGUGAUCAGCGUACUGUACCUGGUCAUGGGAAUUCAUCUGAGCAGGGAGAGGCAGCGGCGGUGCAGCAAUUUCGGAAAGAAGUGGAGCGGCGACUCCCGGGUUAAAAUCAACGAGGAGGGUGGUCGGAGGAUGCAAAUAGUCAAGAUGCUCUCCAUCGUGGUCGCAGUGUUUGGUGUCUGCUGGGCACCUUUCCACGUGGAGCGCCUGCUGUGGAGUUCCAUCCACCAGUGGACUGACCUGAUGCACAACAUCUACCAGUACGUACACAUCCUGUCUGGGAUCCUCUUCUACCUCAGCUCGGCAGUCAACCCGGUCAUCUACAGCCUGAUCUCCACACGAUUCCGCGAAUGCUUCCGAGAGCUUGUGUGCUCACAGACAGAGGACGGACACUUGGAACGAGACUCGCCGCCGUUCCCAAAGACUUUACUGGUUCACUCCGUUGCCAGGGUUCAAACCGUGGGGCAGAACUCCAACUCACUCAUCCCCUUGUUGUCUCCUCCUAUGACACAAGGUUUUGAUGGCACACAUCCAUGCGAAGACACGGCCUGCAAGACAUCGGUGUUCUGACAUGACAUUAGAACAGAUGGUACACUGUCUUGGUAGCGAUGUAGCCCUUUUCAGACAGACAUCCUGCAAAAUAGGUGAAUGAAAAAAUACAUUACCUUUGCCUUUUACACAGAACCCAGCUCAGAUGGGGUAUUGCUGCAACAGCUUGACAAAAUAUGAGUUGUAAAAUCAGUAAAAAGCUCAAAAUUUCUGUAAAUUAGAGGCCGACACAUUUAAAUAAGAGUCGGGAUGGUGUCUGUGUGAAAAGGGAAACCUGCAAUGGCGCAACGGGUUGGACUUUUCACACUUGGCUGUCACUUUUUACAUGCAGUUGUGCGGAAAGUAUUCAAUUAUUUGAUUGAUGCUGUGUGGACGUGUGCACAGUCACAGCAAAGACCUGUUUCGGUUAGAUUAUGUUACAGCUUUUAAUACGGAUAUAAAAGAUGCACGACCAAGGCUCAAGACUUUUUGUAAAGUAAGAAUUAAGUGAGACUAUUUUAACUGAAAAAAAUUUUAAAUGGGUGUGCUGUAAAUUUUUGUGUUUUUUGUUCAGUGCUAAAAAAAAAAUUGUUACGUGUUCUGUACAUGACAGUCAAAAAACCCAAUGGUACACAGCCCUGGUCAUGAAGAAUUGAUGCAUGUAAAAUGUAUCCAGGAAAGGGUUCAAUUUCGCUCAUUUGGCAACUUAUUUACCAAAGCAUUUUUCCACAAAUGUCAAUUUCAUUUCAAUCAAAAGCAUUUCAGCUCCAAUCGGACAAACAUGUCAACGUCAUGAUACUCGUUUCUUGUUGGGGUAAAACGGCCUACAAAGGAAGGUCCUCUUAUAAGUCAUGUUUUCCUGUGAGCUUGUUUUUUCUCGUGAUGAUUGAAGUGUACACCUUUGUUGCAAUUUGGCACCUGAUUAAGGGAAUUGUGUGGCUGAAAGGCUUCAUCAAUAAAUGU